AUGCGCAUUAAAGAAGCGCUGCAGCUGGCAGAGGUGUCACAAGUGUCCCAGGAACUGAAGGACUGCAGGGCUGAAGCUAACAUGCUGCAAGAGGCUGAAGCAGCGCAGCUGGCAGAGACCAUGGAGCUGUACAAGGAACGGGAUCGCUAUGUGGCCCAGAUCGAACGCUUACGCGCGUUGCAAGAUCAGGGCCGAGCUCAAAUCUCUUCCCUGAGCAAGGAGCUGGAAGGUUGCAGAUUUGAAGCCGAAAGACUACGGUUUGAAGCGCACAGGCCAAAGAUGCCUGUCCUGGCGAAGGUUUUCAUGCUUGUGGGCUUCCAAGCGCUGAAGACAUGUCAAGCCCGAGCCGCGGAUCUUGUGAAGGAAAUUGAUCAGCUUAAAGUGGGGCAGAAGGCAGACAAGGAUUGCUCGGCAAAGAUAGCCAAGGAGCGAGACGAUUUCCGCGCUGAAGCGCAGAAGCUGCAUGCAGAGGCUGAUGAGCUUCGUGCAGUGCGCCUGGACAACGAGAAUCGCCUUGCCGAGAUGGCGUCUAUGGUUCAGGAGCGAGAAGGACUGCAUGCUGAAGCGAAGAAGCUGCACGCAGAGGUGGAUGAACUUCGAUUAGCACGCCUGGACAACGAGAAUCGCCUGGUUGAGACGACUUCGAUGGCCGAGGAGUACCAGUCAGAAGCAGACCAGCUUCGUGCUGCUGAAGCGAUGCGACUGGCAGAGAUGUUCCAAAUGGCAAAGGAGCGAGAAGGACUGCAUGCUGAAGCGAAGAAGCUGCACGCAGAGGUGGAUGAACUUCGAUCAGCACGCCUGGACAACGAGAAUCGCCUGGUUGAGACGACUUCGAUGGCCGAGGAGCACAUUGCAGAUCCACAUGGCCAACGUCUGGCAGAGCUGUCCCAGAUUGCCCAGGAGUACCAGUCAGAAGCAGACCAGCUUCGUGCUGCUGAAGCGAUGCGACUGGCAGAGAUGUGCCAAAUGGCAAAGGAGCUGGAAGAAUGCAGAGCAGAAGCAGACUUGCUUCGUGCUGCGGAAGCAAUGCGCUUGGUGCAGAUGAAGGAGCUGGAGGAACAAAGAGCAAACACGGAAUUGUCCAAGGAACGUGAUAUGCUUUGCUCAGAUGCGGAGCACUUGCGCCUGCUUUUGAAGGCAUCCCAGGAGGAGCUUUCAGCGCAGAAAGAAGAGGUGAAGCAAUUGAAAUUCAAACAGGACCACGUUGAUGCUCCAGAGUUGAAAGAGCUGCGGGAAGAGCGUCUCAAGGUCCAGGAAGAGUUGAGAAAGGUGGAGAUGCUUCGGCGGCUACACUCACAGCAACCAGCUGCAAUCAGGAGACACAGGCUGUCGACUGUCAGCCUUCCUUUGGCACAAGCCUGGGAGGUUCGAAGAAGAAGUCUUAUCAGGCGUAGGAGUCGCGCAGCGAGCGUGCCGGCACGAGCAGACUCUCCGAUGUCACCACAACGGCAAAGAGGUUUGCCCAAGCAAGCCACAUUCAUCGAGCCGCAGAGACCGGUGCCUUCAAGCCCUGCACGAGAGGAAGGGCCUUUGGUUUCCCGCAAUAGCACCGGCAUGCUUUCCGCGCAGUCUUUGCGGCUAUGUGCAGAGCUCACCCCAGCAUCAUGGCAGGCCUCGCCGGUCCACCACAAUGGAGGAGUUUCGUGGUAUCCACUCAGCAUUGGCAGGUUCUGCAUCGACCGAGCGGACAGCGGCGCUGAAUCCUGCGGCAGAAGCCAUUCUCCAGUGCGAACUGCCCCUGCCAGAGGUUCUCGUUCCAGCUGUGCCUCAAGUAGACAGGUUCUUCUUCCACCUUCUCUUCCAGCAACAUCUUCGCUUGCUGCCGAACCACGUUUUCUUUGUCGCUUGGCAUACUCCAAACGCAGGGUCAUUGUGAGAUGCCGAGAAGUCCCCCUCCAGGACGUGUCCUCAAGCUCCUCCAGCAUUUUUGCGCUGCCGAGAACGCGACACAUCCUCCGACCAGGGCAUCCAAACAUCACCUUCAGGGCUUGGUCUCCUGUGCGUGUGGAGCCUGACUUGGUAGCUGGCCGUGCUUGGGUCUCUUCUUCACCAACUGCUGAGGGCGUGGAGGAAUCUCAAGAUGCAGCUCCACGGGAUCUCAAGAGCUUCUUGUGCAAGAAAGAAGAGGCAAGAGAUGCUAGAGCUCCCAGGGCCCGAUCUCCUGAUUGCUGUGAUCUCCUUCAGGGUGACUGUUGGAGAAACGGUCGUGAGUCUAUUUGUCGAUGA